AUGAAGGAUUCUGAUCAGAGUUUGUUAAAGCUGCAGCUCCUCAGGAAGCAGAGGAUCAUGGGUAAUAUCCAGUGGGUCAACACAUUGAGACACAGAGUAGAUCAGCUUGUGUGGCUGCAGGGGGCGCUGUUGCUCAACAGACUGAGCAGGACGCUGUGGGACGAGAGGACGAAGGAGACGAAGGAGACGAAGGAGACGAAGGAGACGAAGGACACGAAGGACACGAAGGAGACGAAGGAGACGAAGGAGACGAAGGAGACGAAGGAGACGAAGGAGACGAAGGAGACGAAGGAGACGAAGGAGACGAAGGAGACAAAGGAGACGAAGGAGACGAAGGAGACGAUGAGCGAUAACGUCUCUUCCCACCAUCACUUCGUCCUCGGGGGCUUCAGUGACCUCGGGGCUCUGAGGCCCCUCCUCUUCCUCCCUUUCUUCCUCAUGCUGGUGGUGUCUCUGGCGGCGAACUCUCUGCUGCUGUACGUCAUCGUGUCCCAGAGGAGCCUCCACUCGCCCAUGUACCUCCUCAUCGCCGCCAUGGCGUGCGUGGACCUGGGCCUCCCGCUGUUCUUUGUCCCCAGCAUGCUGCUGAACUUCCUGUUCGGCUGGGGGGGGAUCUCUCUGACUGGCUGUCUGCUCCAGAUGUUCUCCGUCCACUUCCUGGGCGCUCUGCAGUCCACGCUGCUGCUCUGCAUGGCGCUGGACCGAUACUUUGCUAUUUGCACGCCGCUCAUCUACCACAAACACACGUCUGUCCGCAGGUUUCUGUGUUUUGUAAUUCCUCUCGUGGUCAGAAACGUGCUGAUGGUGUCGCUGGUCGUGAUUCUGGCGGGAAACUUGUCCUUCUGCCUCGGUAACGUGGUCGCUCACUGCUUCUGUGAGCACAUGGCGCUGGUGGAGCUGGCGUGCGGCGACACGGCCACCAACAGCGCCGUGGGUUUGAUCGGCGUGAGUCUGAUCCCUGUGGUGGACUUCUUCUUCAUCAUCACCUCCUACGUGGUCAUCUUCAGCUCCGUGAUGCGUUCAGGGAAAUCAGGCAUUAAAGCUCUUCACACGUGUGUCACACACAUCGUGGUCAUGGCCGUCAGCCUGACCAUCGUCCUCACCGCCUUCCUGGCGUAUCGCAUCAGGAACCGCCUCCCUGCGUCAGUUCGCAUCUUCUUGAGCAUCAUGUACCUGUUGUUUCCGAGCUGCUUCAACCCGAUCAUCUACGGCGUCAGAACCUCGGAGAUACGACGUCACAUCGUCAACAUGCUAACACUCCGCCGCUGCGUCGCAGAUCUCAGCUAA